UUAAACCCGAUUCUCAGCACAACUACCUCAUCUGGUAUGAGCCCAGACUCGCAGACCAACAUCAUCGGCUCCAGUGCAUCAAGUCCAUAUGACGAUACCAUCACAUCACCGCCUCCAUAUUCACCUCAUAACACGGUCACAUCACCUAUGCCAACAGUGCCCUCAAAUACUGAUUAUGCAGGGGACUAUGGUUUUGAAAUCAGCUUUGCCCAGCCUUCUAAAGAGACAAAAUCAACCACAUGGACGUACUCAGAGUCUCUGAAGAAGCUGUACGUGCGCAUGGCCACCACGUGCCCGGUGAGGUUCAAGACGCGGGGCCAGGCCCCCAUCAACAGCGUGAUCCGAGCCAUGCCCAUCUUCAUGAAGCCCGAGCACGUCCAGGAGGUGGUCAAGCGCUGCCCGAACCAUGCCGUGUCCAAGGAGCACAACGAGAGCCACCCGGCCCCCACGCACCUGGUGCGCUGCGAGCACAAGCUGGCCAAGUACUCGGAGGACCCCAGCUCCCAGAGGCAGAGCGUGGUCAUCCCACACGAGACCCCGCAGGCGGGCGCCGAGUGGGUCACCAACCUCUUCCAGUUCAUGUGCCUUGGCUCCUGUGUCGGAGGACCUAACAGGAGACCUCUCCAGAUUGUGUUCACGUUAGAGAAAGAAGGCCAGGUUCUUGGUCGGCGAGCUGUGGAAGUGAGGAUCUGUGCGUGCCCGGGCCGCGAUAGAAAAGCUGAUGAGAGAGCGGCCAUGCCAGUCAAAGUGUCGCCUAAGAAAGGAGGACCCGGUGUGAGUGGCUCAAAGAUGACUUCAGUAACGGAGAUCAUGAGCUUUGCUAAGAAGCGGAAAUUGAACGAAGACACAGAAAUUUAUCAUUUGCCGAUCCAAGGCAAAGAGCACUUUGAGAUCUUGCGAAAGAUGCGUGAUGCGUUGGCCCUGGCCGCGCUAGUUCCCCCACAGGCAGUGGAGGCCUACAAGCAGCGACAGGUCGACCUUCAGAGACAACACGUCCCGGGCGGCAGCUUCCCUUGUUCCGACGCCUCCACGUCGUCGGCCUCGUCCGAGGCCUCCACGUCCACCACCCUGAGCACAGACAGCCACGCGGCCGUGCUGCCCUUCGAGGUCAGCGAGGAGCUGUGCAGUGGCCUGCUCAACAGCGUGUCCAGCUCGCAGGGCAGCCCGUCCCUGGAGGUGAUGGUCAACGGGGACGGGGGCGGCGGGGGUCACACGGGGCUGGCGGUCAAGAAGGAGGACAUUGACGGCUACCUCGGGGAGCCGCAGGAUAACUCUAUAGCAGGAUGGCUGGGCAGAUUAGGCCUGUCAGCUUACAUCGACAACUUCCAACAGAUGGGUUUCGACAACUUGUUCCAGCUAGACGAGUUUAGCCAAGAGAGCCUGGAGAGAAUGAACAUUCCGGAGCUUCACCGGCGCCGUAUCUGGAGCUCCCUCUUAGAUUUCCACCAAGGACAGAUGGCAGACAUGACUCAGGCGCUGGAAAGAUCUGGAACCACUGCAGACUCGCUCACCUCUCAGCCAAGCUCGUCCCUGUCUCAGCAGAGCCAACAGAGCGUGUACAACCCAGGUUUCUACGAGGUGACGCGCUACACGUUCAAGCACACGCUGUCCAUGACCAAGAACAGCCUGGUGGUGCCCAGCAAGGUGCCCCGGGCUGACGAGUAGUGUGUGUCGUUCUCUCCACCCCACCCGUCCCCACCACAGCCGUAGGCAAUCAUUCAAUCCCAUUUUCUGCUAACCCGGCGAACAGUGACAUCAUCUCUGUGACAGUAUAUGCGAGAGGAGGGGAAUUUGGGAAUCGGUGGCAAAGGAAACUUGGGCUUCCUAGAUUUUUUCCUUCUCUCCGCUGUGUGAAAGAAGCGAUAAGACGGUGACAAGAAUGAAGAGAUGUCUGGGUCUUUUCUGUGUCAAAGAAAGAACAAAGAGACGUCUGCCUGUAGCUUCACCAGUACCCCCCCCCCCCCCACCUCUUCUGUCAACAGUAUUUUGUUCAUCAAGUGUUCAGUGAGGAGCUGAGGAGCAUGUAAGAGAAGCCUUACUUUUCUAUUUUCCCCAACAAUGUUCAUUUGGGAACCAGUUUUCAUUCCCAAGAUGAUGAUAAUGAUGACAAUACAACUAACUUUGCCGUUAUACUUCAACCUCUGAGCCAGAGAUGACACCUUUCUGAGCCUUUCAGGUAUCCAGACAGCGACUGACAAACAGUAUAAUAGAUUUGAGAGCUGUUAAGUUCUCAUCGAGAUUUGGAUGCUUAGUGACGUCGGUCGGGGGUGCGACUUCUAAUUGGUAAAAAAAUUAUGUGGUGCGCCCCAGCUGCUAUGACAACCGUUUUUGACAUACAUCGAUGUAAUGUUGGGUUUUUUUGUGGUUUUUUUUGUUUUGUCCAGAUUCUAUAUAUAUAUAUAUAUAUAUAUAUAUAUUUAUAUUACUCCUCCACUGUCUUACCAAGGUACUGCCAUGCCCAAACCCCGUAUGUGUUCUUCAUACAUGUUGUUGAAGUGGUUUGUGCAAGUUUUUUUUAAUAAGCCUUUCUUUUUAAAAAAAAGUUCAUUGCCCUGAUAAAGUUUGUAGAUAUGGAACAGAGAUGUGUCCAAAUAUGACUGUGUUCGGCCAAGUUUUUUCAUAUUAUAUAUAGCUGGCAUAAUGAUGGUUGUGUCUCUCUGAAAACUUUUCUUACAAUUGCCUUUUUGUUGUUGACAGACUCCCCCACCCCACGCCCCCCUCUCACAAACACACUCAUAUAUACAUACAC